CUACCGAUUCGAUCCUUUUCAACACGUGUAUAUCUUGUGUCGCUUUUUGUUUAUUUUCUGCAAAAAUCGGUUUAGAUAUUAUUUUUGUUGUGCACGUAUUUUUCGAUAACGGAAAACAUCUUCCCAAUGUUAUCCUAUCGAUACUUGUUGUUACGUGACAAUCGGACCAACGUUAAAGAAUUUACAACAAAUUCACACGCCUACUUAGAGAUGUGCAUUUAUGUAGGAAAUCUGGCGCAUUUUUUGGGGAUCGUGAUUUUCAAAAAGAUUCGUGCGCCAUCGAUUACACAGUUGUCAAAUGUCGCAUACAAAGAGUAGAGAAAAAGUUUGAUAAUGAUUCUUAUAGCAAGCGAGUGUCGUACGAUUUAGUGUAUGCACGCGAGCGUGAUCCAUUUUCUCUUCAACAAAAAAACAAAACUCAAUCGAAAGUUGACGAUUUUUUUUGCCCGUCAAACCGUUCUGUAAAACCUUUCGUUGUUGUCCAUGUUUUUAUGUAUUUUGGGAAUCCUGGUCGUACAUUAUAAGAAAUGCAAUCAGCCGUCAACCGAAAUAUGGUAAACAAGCCGAGUGCGUGUGAGUGGGAAUGCGACAUGGCCUUUGACUCAUGUCUUUCCCCCUUUGUCACAAGCCCACUUGAGAGAGGCAGAAAAAGAAACAAUUUCGGAUGGAACAACAGAUUCUUGGUCCUUUACAUAUAUUGCACAUAGCGCAUGUUGGAAGGACGGACUCGGUUAUUGUAAUUUUCUUUUUUGCCCUUCCUGUUAGAGAUAGUUGUGUGCACCCUAAAAACUAUAAAAACUUGAACGAAAUCAGGUACUGAAGUCCAGUCGCUGUCAGAGUGUGAGUGACACUCUUUAGCACCGUUUGACGUAUGUACAGUAUAAAUAUUUCUUUUGAUUCAUUUAAUUGUGAUUUAUCAGCAUGGCCGACAUGAGUGUUUUUGUACCUAAGAAGAUGGCAGAAUGGGAGAGGAAAGUGGAUCAUUUAAUUUGGCAAAUUGAAGUGGCCUCCGAUGAAAAAUGGGAAGAACUCGUCAAACUUCGAGGCCUCGUGGUGGUGGAUGUAUAUUCCGAGUGGUGCGGCCCGUGCACAGCCAUGGCUAAUUAUUUAAAAGAGAUUAAACUUUUAUUAGGGGAUGAUCUUCUUCACUGUGCCCUGGCAAAAUCAGAUAAGAUCAGCCAACUUGCCAAAUUCCGGGGCCGAAGCGAACCAACGUGGCUAUUUUUGGCCGGAGGAGAACCUGUUGUGUUAAUAAGAGGUGCUAAUGCCCCACUAAUUCGGAAAACGUUAUUGGAAGAACUACAAAGAGAAAAGGAGGUUCUAGAAGGAACCCGUCAAAGAGCUUCGUUAUCUUGGGAUAGUUUUGAUUUGCCUGUUUUCAAGCCUGACACUGAGAAAAAUAAUAAAAUUGUAUUGACCACUGCGCCGGACAAUUGGUGGGAGCUAGAUGGCCUAACUCUACAAGGAUCCUAUCAUCUGAUUACCGAUAAAUUGUUUGCUGCACUAACCAAACGAAACCUGAAAAUCGUAGCACAAUCAGCCGUUCGUCUCAACCAAAAAGAUUGCCUUAUUUUAUGGUUUCCAUCUUCAGUUGAUUAUUUCAGCCUGACCGAAUGGUUUGACGCAACGAUUGAAACACUUAUCGCCGAAGUUGAACCCAAGAUUGUGCUUGAAGAAGAAAUUGUAGAAGAGCUUUCUGAAAAAACAGAAGGAUUAGAAUUGGCUGAGAAAUCACUAGAGUCUGAGGUAAAACCUACCGAUAUCGAACUUAAUAGUGAAGAACCUGAAUAUCAACCUAUAGAAUUUCGCUUAAUAACUGAUCCCGAUGAAAGAGACGCUUUGGUCAAACGUUUGGAAAAGGAAUUGAAAGAUAGCAUAGAUUCUGAAAGUCUCAGAGUGGAAGAAGAUGAUGGUCAAAUUGUGGAAAAUGUUUGAACUUAGCGAGUUAUUGCUACUUUGAGUUAACUUUUAAGUAAAUCCAGCUGUGGAGAAAACAGUUUUACAUAUUAACUUUCCUUUACGAUUUGAAUUCGACUCGAUCUCGAUAGGCAAUUUGUAAAAACCAAAUUGUAUUAAGAAAAUUGCAUUUCGGAAAGUCAUCUGGCAAUGAUUUGCGAGUGUGAAGUCACACCAAAACCGUCCAAAAUAUGUUACCUGCCUGAAAAUUUUGCGCUGGAGUGUAAGGUGGUGAGAAAACUUAGAAUACACGUGUCGUAACCGCAACACGCUAUGGCUAAGUUUUCGUACACUGCAUGUUGCGACCUUCACUGCCCCAUUAACUAUUUCAAUGUUGUUUGGUAUUCAUUUGGCAUUGUUUUCCUUGCCCAAGUGGCAUGUUAACAAUUAUCAUAAACAUGACGACCAAAUUCAGCGUCGAACUAGUUUAAUAGUUGGCAAACGGUGAAAUGUUGAAACAUCGUCUUUCCUUUAAAAAAAUGUUUAAGAUACAGAAAAAAAAUUAAAGUAAACAAAAGUUCUCUGUGAAAAUUUCACCACAUCGUAAAGGUAGAACGUGCUGACAUCCAGGUAGACUGUACUCUUUGGUGAUUGUAGAAUAUUAUUUCAUGAGGAUGCUUGAUGUUCCAUCGUCAUGUCACGAACGCAUCAGAGAAAACUUUCCUUUACUGCAUUCCGUAGCAGACUUUACUUUGCAUUAGGAAGGUGGUCGAUGGGGCUGAAGGUGCAGGGCAAUGCUGGACUUGCACAUGUGAAAUGUAAUCAACCCAUCACGCAGAAGUAAACUGCACAAGUACGUGGCCACAAUAGACGUCGUUACCUCGAACUUUCCGCCUUUUUGUUGUUCUUGCAAUAAAUGGAUUUAACGUUUUCAUUUUUUAGGACACGCUGAACUACUUAACAGAAAAAUUCCAAAUCCAGUGAAAUACGUCGUAGUAAGCUGGGGUAAACUUGAAAGAACACGAGCAAUGUAGAACGACGCCCCGUUUUAGCGAGCUCAGUGCAGAUUUGCAUUCUUGCUCCAAUGUAUAAUGAUCAGGUUCUAUGUUAUGGUAUACACUAUGAUAUACACUAUGUUAGUGGUAAAACGGUCGUUACUGAAACC